CAUUUAUUUCCUAUUUCUAGUUUUUAUUUAUUUAAAAAUCUUGUUUUAUGAUGUGAUUUCUAUAUGUUUGAUUAGUUUUUUGUGUUAUUUUAACAACAAUGGAAAAUUUGUAUACCCUCUUACAUACGUUGCUCCUCGCGUGCUUGGCUUUUGAAGGUUUUGCUGCUUCCAUCAACAGUACUCUAAUUCACGCACACAUGAAAAGUAAAAGUCCAAUAACCGUAGCUAGUGAAGGUGGUUCGAUUAUUUCAAACAAUUCGAAGGCACAAUUAAAUGACUACCUUACUAAUUUAAUAGAUCUAGACAAUGGCUUAGACAAGAGUAACAAAAGUUCUAUAGUUCCAAGAAAAAAAGUUGAUUUUAUGGAAGAUGUGACGGAUUUAUCGACAAACAACUCAACUAACGGAAGCUUAAUUAAAGUGUUGACUAAUGCUACCCAAGUUGCAAACACAACACAAUAUCUUAAGAACAAUGGUACAGUAGUAAAAAAGGAUGGUGUUAUAAAUAUUCCUAAGACAGUACACAAACCCUUGGUGUUGUCAUAUGAAGCGUUAGCACAAACUGAUGAAAAAAAUAAUGUCUUUAUAAGUGAGAAUGAGCUAAGUAUAAAAGUUCAAAAAUUGAGUUCAAACAGUCAUCCCGGAAUGGUGAUGCCUAUUGUGAUUACUAUAUUGGUUGUUCCCAUGUUUGCUGUGGUGGGUUAUAUGGCUUUAAAGAGAGGGCGAGAAGCUUGGAAAAAUAGACACUACAAGAGGAUGGACUUCCUUUUAGAUGGCAUGUAUAAUGAGUAAAAUAAAAAAAAAGAAGAGAAAAAAAAGCAAUAUCAGCAAGAUGGAACUAAAUAUAUUAUAUUUAACAUAUAUUUUUGAUAAUCUCUAUGUUUUGUUAAAAGUAUUACAAUUGUUAUUGGGUAAUUUAUUAACAAGUCCAAUAUAUUUCAUAAUGUAAUAGAAAAAUAUUUUGCUAAUUGGUUUAAAGAGUUAGCUCAAAAAUAAUAUUUUAAAAAAUGGCUGAAAGUUUGUUAUGCCGCAACCGCACAUGUGUCUAUUGUAUGAAGCUUCAUGCUAUGAGAUGAUACCAUUACAUUGGAUGAUACACGCAGAUCGUCCAAUGGUAUCAUUUUAAGCAGGAAGCACUACGCAGGUGUGGCCCGUGCAUAAGAGUUGAUAAUUUCUGUAUCUUAAAAAAAGUAAUAACCAUAGGUUAUUCUUGUUUAUUGUGGUGUUAUAAAAAUGAAAUUAUCAUCUUUUUUAUCUACGAAAAUGUUGGGCUUCAGAAUGUUUUAAAUUAUUAUUAUUAAAUAAGAUAUAACAUUAUAUUUUAUACAAUGGUCAAUGAUCCAAAUUAUUGUAAGGUGAAUUUGUCUUCCACAUGAUAUUAAUUAUAUUAAUAAGAUGUGAUAUUUCCGAAGAUGACUUUUGUCACCCAUAUU